CAGAACCGAAGCUGUGUUUCACCGGCUUCAACAGAGAGGAAAUUUCACUUCUACUACCACUUCUACGGGAUCUGUCCUAUCAAGAUAUCUGGACAGGGUGGACAUAUGUAGCAGACUGGACAUUAAAACAUCUACUAUUACUGCAUCUGCUGCUGAAAAUACUACUUGGCUUACUGCUGUGUGGACUCAUGUGGAAAUUGUAAUCGAAGACACCUUUGUGAAGUUAGUUUGGGAACAGCCUAGGUGGAGACUGUGACGCAGGUGGAUGCUUAAACCAUGUCAGAUCUGAAGUUGCUUGCGUCCCUGAUGCUCUCUUUGGACAACGCAGACCAACACACCAUAGAACAGGAGUUUACUAUGUUGCGUACUCAAUCGGUGGCAUGGAAAAAAUCUCAGUGCUCAGAAAGUGGAGCUCUGAAAGAAAACAUUAAGAAGAACAGAUACAAGGAUAUACUGCCCUAUGAUGAUUCUAGAGUAAUCCUGUCUCUCAAAACCUCAGAGUCUGAUGGAGACUACAUCAAUGCCAGCUUCAUUCAGGGAGCGCUGUCUGGUGGUUAUAUUGCAGCUCAGGCUCCUCUCAGCUCAACCCUCAGAGACUUCUGGAGGUUGAUCUGGGAAUAUCAGGUUAAGGUGAUAGUGAUGGCAUGCAGAGAGUUUGAAAUGGCCAAGAAAAAGUGUGAGGUUUACUGGUCGCCUUUGAACCAAACCACAUCCUUUGGGCCUUUCUCUGUUCACUGUCAGGGGGAGACCAGUCCCACUCAAGACAUCAUAGUCAGAGAACUGCAGGUCUCAUUUCAAAAGGAUGUGCGUGUGGUGACCCAGCUACAGUUCCUCUCAUGGCCAGAUCAUGAUGUUCCUCAUGAGGCCUCAGGAGUCUUAGACUUGCUCCACAGAAUCCAAGACCUUCAAAAGUCCAGUCCACACUUGGUCCAGGCAGUCCCCAAUCCUCCAAACCGCAAUCUCACACUGGUGCACUGCAGUGCUGGCUGUGGAAGAACUGGAGUUAUCUGUGUUUUGGACCAGAUCUAUCAACUACUGAUACACCAGAAGUUAACCUCAGACUUCAACAUCAUGAGGAUUGUUAUGGAGGUGAGGAGACAGAGACCCAGUGCAGUGCAGACCAAAGAACAGUACCGCUUCAUCUACACGGCUACUUCCUGUUUAUUCAGAUGGUUCCUCAAGAAGAACAACUCUGAUUCGGUUUACUGCAACCUACCAAGGAAGAACACAAGUAUCACAACCGCUGUAACAGACGACAGGUCCCAGAAACAAAACAUGGAUGCGACGUAUGCUGUUGUCAACAAGAAGGGAGCUGCACCCCAGUCCUCCACCCUCCCUAGGAAAACAGACAUGAGCCCUCACUAUGACAACGUCAUAGCGACUCCUACCCCUGUGUACAGCAUAGUCCGACCUCGAGCCAAGCCUCAACCAUCGGAUACUCGCUUAUAUGAUAUGGCCACGCCCACAAGCUCUGAUGUCACGCCACAAUAUCACCUGGAUCCAGAAGCCUCAGGGCCGAUGACCGAAGCAGAUGAUGACUAUGAGGACUUGACUCCUUCAGGUUCUGACACUUGCAGCUUACCCCCCUCUAACGGGAUUGGUUUUAAUAAACGUGUACCAAAACCCAGAGGCCCCAGGGACCCUCCAACUGAGUGGACGCGCCUUGAGAGAUGAGACAUGAAACUAAGUUAUUUUUACGAAUAUAUUGGCUUGUGACUGUUGACGGUUGAUGGUUUUGUUGGGAAGUACUUAUAGCUCAUUAUAAUUUACACAGCUUUCCUCUUAAAGGGUAUUUAUAGUUAUGUCCACAAGGAGGCAGCACAUUCACACAUUUAUCACAUCUGGAUUUAUACAGAACUUGCCUCAUUCUGGCAGGUUUAUUUGUAGGCCUACAAGAACAAGAGCACACAGUUUAGGUUUAUUUUAUCCUGGUUUAGUUUAGCUUUAGACCUGAAUUAGACUUAGUUUACUCUUGGAAAAACAAUGCCAGUUAUUGUAUUUUUAAUUGAGAUGAACACUAAUAUUUCAUCCACUUAAGACCACAGUGAACUGAUGAACCACAUUUCAUAAUCUCAUUAUCUGGUUUAUAACCUUGCAAACUGUAUCUUUGACCCAACCUUAUCCAGUGGCAUGUUCUUCUACAGCUACAUUAAUCUAUGCUGUUUUUAUUUUCAUUUUUACUGUGUUGAAAAAUAAAUGGGGAAAAAAAAAAAAAAAAAACUUAACAGUGACAUCAUAAGGUCGCUGUGACUUAGUCUGUUAUUCAGCUCAAUGGAGAUUGGGCUUGUGCUGGUCUAAUCAAGUUGACCCCUGCAAGGCCUGAAUACAUCAAAAUGUUGUGUCAUAAUGGAAGGGCAUCUGCUGUAAUUCUUGGAAAAUAUGAAAAAGCCCAAAGAAAGGAGAAGAUAGUGGAUUCAUUUAUCUUAUUAUGUUAGACUUGUAAUGAACUCUUUGGGGGAAAUAUUCAAUUUUGACAUUUUAAAUUUAAGCAUUGUGAUUUAUGCACAUUUAUAUGUCCAGGAUUACUAACAUUUGAAACAGCACUGAAAUAUUAACAACUAAAUAAAUGCAAGAAUCCCCUUUCAGAUCAUGGUGAGCAGGGUUAUCAGGUUUUUACAGUAAUUACAAAAUGGAGUCCUUUGUUGUUGUUUGCAUUGUCUUACCAAAAUAAUUACAGAUUUAUUUUUUUGAUUUUCAACCCUUCAAAUUUGAGAUUAUAUUUGUAACUUAAUGAGCAACUAUGGGCUUGAGGCAGGUGCACCCCGAACAGUAGAGCUAACAACAGUAGCACCGUUACACUGGCCCUGGUAAUGCACAUCCAG